AAAAAUAUAAAAAAUUGUCUUGACUAUUAACUAUUUUGUCAAAAGUAUUAAAACAAUUGCGAAAACAGAAAUCUUAAAUGUUUAAGGGUUAAGGAAGAAAAUGCAGAUUUUUUUCUUGGUUUUUAUAUCGGGCUUGUACUCGUUAAACUUUAUAACACUUGAGUUAUGUAAAGAAAAGGCGGUUAGCUUACAUGUAAGGUCGUAUUGCAAUAGAAAUUGUGAUCUUUGAAAUGUCAAUUUGAGAAGUAAGGACCCCAAAGCCAAUUGGUGAUAAAGGCUCUUCUCUACCAUGUCAUGAAAGGUUUAGACAAUUGCAUUCCCCAAAGCAUAUCAAAGUCCGAAGAGUGAAAGACGCGUAUUAGUAAAGCGAAUGGGUCAUAACCGAUUGUUUGCAUCGAAGGUAGUGCAUUACUAAACGGGCUGUGUGUAUUAUAAGAAAUUAUCCGUUCGAUCUUCAAAGUGGAUUUCUUUGGAUCAAGGAACUGCAUGACCAGAUAUAUUAAAAGUAAUUAGUGUAAUAUCGUGAGUUGAAGUUUAUGUCUGAAGAAUUUCAAGUAAGAAAACGUAGAAAGCCUGUUCGGUAGUAAAACUAAAUUAGAAUGUACAACGCGCCUUUGUGUUCACAAGAUCCUGUCCGCACGUACAUAUCGAUAGAUAGACAAAAUCGGGAAAGUUGAAAAGCGGAAAAAAACUCUUCAUUAAUUAAAUGUCAAGGUCAGUAAGUAUCAAUUUCGAUCCAAACAUUCAACUUUGGUUUAAAUGAUCAGUUCGCACGAAACUGUUUGUAGUUUAUAAAAUGGAAAAAUUUGGAAAAUCCUAUACAACACUAACGUCGUCAUCUAUAUUUACAACAAUAACAACAACAACAACAACAUCAACGAUAACAGCAACAAUAACAACAUCAACUUUAACAACUGCGGCAUUGGCAACGACAACCACUGCUUACACCAUUUCUAGUACUAAUGCUGCUACUAUUGCUACUACAGCUAGAGCAAAUCCGGCAGCAGUGGCAAACGCUUUUUUAGCGGAUCAUGUUAACAUGGCUACAGAGGAAGUUGGGAUCGGUAUUCUGCAGUUACCGCCACCUCUCCCGCCACCGUACCCUACAUUCAAUAAUAAGGGAGGAUUCUAUUCUCAAGCAAAUGCAACAUCAGAAAAUAAACAUUUAAUAGAUAAUAAAAUUUUAUCAGCAGACGAUAAUGAGAAUGAUGUUGACGGUGAUAAUAACUCUCUAGCGUCAAUAAUGGAUCCUUUCGGUCCAGCCUACAGUGAACCGCAAAAGCCGCGUUGGUUAUCCUCAUUGCACAGCGUCAUCUUUAUAAUAACAUGUGCAUUGGCCAUAUUCAUUGUGUUUCGGAACGUGCUCACAUGGCAUUUACAAAGUUUUUGGGGAGCCUCCGGAGACUUCUGGCAAGCUCAAUGGGAUAAAUUUAUUAAUAUAACUGGUCACGAUCCCAUGAUGUUUUGGGUUUUUGGCACAAAUGUAUUUACCACCCUAGUAUAUUGGUCAGUUGGAGGCAUUUACACGUUCAUGGAUAUCACGAAUCGACCAACGUUUUUGCGUAAAUACAAAAUACAACCGGGUACCAAUGAACCUGUCGAUCAAGCUCGUCUUUUUAAGGUUAUUAAGCAAGUACUAGUUAAUCAAACAAUUGUAGCCAUUCCAAUAAUGUAUUUAAGCUAUAAGCUAAUGAUGCUACGCGGUUUAAGUGCCAUACCAGAACUACCGACAUUUCAUUGGGUCUGUGUAGAAUUGACAGUGUGCAUAUUAAUGGAAGAGCUCGGCUUCUAUUAUUCCCAUAGAUUGUUACAUCAUAAAUAUAUCUAUAAAUUUAUUCAUAAACAACAUCAUGAGUGGACAGCACCUAUAGCCGUUACUGCUUUGUAUUGCCAUCCUAUUGAACAUAUAUUUAGUAAUCUAUUGCCUCCAUUUUUGGGUGUUUUCAUUAUGGGUAGUCAUGUCGCCACCGCUUGGAUGUGGUUCGCUUUAGCCAUAUUAUCAACUUUGAACGCACAUUCUGGUUAUCAUCUACCUUUCUUUCCAAGUCCAGAGGCCCAUGACUUUCACCAUUUAAAAUUUAAUAACUGUUUCGGUGUAUUAGGCGUACUGGAUCGUCUGCACGGCACCGAUGCCCUAUUUCGAGCCACGAAAUCUUACGCUCGUCAUAUAAUGAUGUUAAGUUUUGUACCACCGCGUGAAGCUUUUCCAGAUUCCACCAUGAAGUGAUAGAAGAGUAACAAUUUUAAAAUGACGAAAACAAAAAGAUUAAUUAAAACAUUUCAAAGACGUUUAAGUUUCAUAUGAAUUUCCUUUUUUUUUAAUUUUCUUCAUAAUGUUUCGUUUUUGCUUUUUUUUUUUUUGAUAGUGAACGCAUUUGUGAUAGGUCGUUAACCUUUUUUCUCUACUACAACAUUUUUGUAACUACUUGUCUUUUUUUUUAUUUUUUAUUUUUAUUUACAUAUAUAAAAAUUCGGUUAGAAGAAUUUAUUAUUUCACCUUCUUCUCCAUAAUGCAUUAUAUUAUCUUUUCUCCAUUAAACUUUUUUUUUGCAGAGAUUUUUUAGCAUUUAAGUGAUAUUCAAAAUAUAAUUUAUAUAUACUGUAGAAUGUUGGAAGCAGUCAUGUAACAAUUUUAACACUAUGAUGCUUUUUAA